AUGGGAAUUUUGCGUAUGCUUGGAUUGAGCAAACCGGAUGACACCAAAACUAACCUUAUAAUUACGGGUCCUCCUGGAUGUGGGAAAGGUACUCAGGCUCCUCGUCUAGUAAAAAAAUACGAGGUUUGUCAUUUGUCAACCGGGGACAUGCUUAGAUCUGCUAUAAGCUCAGGCUCUGAAAUGGGUAAAACCGUUAAGAAGAUUAUGGAUGAAGGUCGUUUGGUUCCUGAUGAUGUCGUUUGCAAUUUAAUUGAUGAAAGGUUGGAUAGUCCUGAAUGCAGAAAAGGGUUUAUUCUCGACGGAUUUCCCAGAACACUUCCGCAAGCCGAAAAACUUGAUGAGCUAUUGAAGCGAAGGAAGGAAAAACUCACUGCUGUCGUUGAACUUCGAGUUCCUGAUGAAUUGCUCAUCGCUCGCAUUUGCGGUCGUCUUGUUCAUUUAGCUAGUGGUAGAUCCUACCACGAGGUCUUCAACCCACCCAAAGUCCCCAUGACGGAUGAUAUAACUGGUGAAAAAUUGGUCCGAAGAUCGGAUGAUACCAAAGAAGCCCUCGUUCAACGUCUCUCAAGCUUCCACAAAAUGACCCAUCCUUUGUUAGAUUUUUACCAAAAGAGGGAUUUACUUCUUACAAUUGAUGGUUCACGUGGAAUGGACGAAAUCUUCCAAAACAUUACCAAGGGUAUUGAUGAGAUGAAAUUAAAAUCUCACAAUUAUUAA